UUAAAGGUUUUUGAAAUAAAAUCAUUUUUCUCACUUCCCUUAUUAUAAUUGUGGUACAUGUAUCGCCAUUUUGGAGAUGUUUUAAGCCCCUGUGGGUGUUUACAAUUCAAUAUUCAUAAGCAAAUAGUGAGGUAAUUGUAGGCUCAAGAUAAAGGAGCUUAUAUUUUUGGCACUGUUCUCUUUUACGGGCUGUCAUUUUUUAUUUAGGUACACAGAGGUACACACUCAGACUGAUUUAAGGUUAAAUGUUAGUCACAGAUAUACAUGUAAUCCCAAGAAAGCUCGUGGAUUACCCCGUCAGCGCCCUCAAGUGUCAGAAAACACAAUAAUACCCGUACAUUUAUAAUGGCUCUUAAAAAAACAAUGGGCCUUUAAAAUGAUUGUGGUAGCCCUGUCAUAUUAAUGCUAGUACAUAUUUUCUUAUCCACAUACACGUAUUGUAUUUUCUUCUGCUCACCUCUUUAUGAUUACACAGCUUGCGCGUUCACUCUGGAGAAGACCUGGCCUCCAGUUGCCACGUUCAUCUUGGAGCCGCUGAGGGCGCCUUUCCGGUUGGACUUUGAUGUGAAGGCCAACCGCGAUGCUAUGAUAGUCCUGGCGGAGGAAAAGACAAACGCAUCAGUCUUUGCCUGGAUAACCAUGAACGCUUGGGAGAGACAGAGGUCGGCCAUCCGAGCCUGUUUUUUGUAUGACUUACAAGAAUGCGUUCAGUUGUUGGGUGGGCGUUCAGAGCACACCGAGGUAGAUAUCAUCGUCGAUAGUGAAAGUCGCCCCUUCUGGAUGGAGUACAAACACGGCGUGGUGACCGUCGGCAAAGGAGGACAGGAGGAGGCUUUCUUGGAGUGGGACGCCGCUGCGUAUCAUCGUCGCAACAUAUCAACGCCGGUGUACCUUGGUAUAAGUGCUUGGAGUUAUGGAGGGGUAUCCAUAGAAUGGGUGUUCUACCAAUUCUGUGGCUAGGAAAACAAAAGCAAUGGGCCGAAUAAGGGUGAUGUAUUUCGAGGUACAGACAGUUGAAAUAAUACGUACAUUGAGACAUUUGAGCAAUUACAGGGCCUACUUUAA